UUUUUUGACGUAACGGUCGGCGGACGUGCGCUCGGCGGCGCUCGGGCAGUGACAGUCAAAAUAACUAUGAAUACGAAACUUUCAAACAAAAAUGUGCGUGAACAGUGCAAAGUUACUGAAUACAUAAUCUUAUUAGUGCCAUAGUAACGAAAUAAUACAAAUUCUUCACGGAUUUACGUGCUGAUAAAGACAUCGGCGAAAUGCAUGCAUUCCACCCAGACUGUUGAACUUCACGAAAGUUUUCUUGUUGUGUUUUGUUUUUAAAUACCACUUCAUUUUAUUUAGAACAUUAAUUGCAUAAUAUUUCUUUGAACUUUAUAAUAUUGGUGAUAACCUUCUCAACUUUUGGUUUUCAAAGUUCGCAUACACGAUCAAGAGGAUUGCCACAACAAUCAAGGCUAUAGCAGUUGGUAUACGACGACUCGUCCUUACCGCAGCAGCUGACUUUGAAAACGCGCUAUCACUUGCGAAGACGUCACUCAGGCGACGAAUGUGCGGCAUUUGUGUGAUGUGCAGGCCACAUCCCACAGAAGUGCUGGCCGUCACCUGAUUGGCCGACAGUGGCGUGUGCUGAUUGGCCGACAUGAAGUUCUCGACGGGCUCCAGCUCCAGCUCUCUCGCCAGCGACUCGCUGUCGAGGAAGUCCACGCUGUGCAUCUACACGGAGAUCGAUGCGCCGGCGCCGCCGCCGCCGUGCGAAAGGAUGGACAGCAGCUCGGAGGCGAUGGAGCUGCGGCGCGAGCUGGACGCGCUCCGCAGCGCGCUGCAGCAGCAGUCCGAGUCCGUGCUGCGGCAGCGCCACCAGCUGGUGGAGGCCCAGCACCAGCACGCCGCGCGGGAGAAGCGCCACGCCACGGAGCGCCGCAUGAGGCAGGACCAACUCGCACUCGUCCUCCGGUCACUGGUCCUGCUAGAGUCUAGACUCACCAGGGAACAGAAGCAAAUACAUGUAGCCCUCCAACAGAAAGAGAAGGUAAUCAAACAGCAGCAAGAGGAGAUCGUGAAGCUGAAGACUCAGAAGGCGUAUUGUAGUAACUGCCAGCAGAUUCUAGGCUUCACCAGCGAGCAGACGAAUAUAGAGACGGACCCGGAGUUUCAGAGCCUGGAGAGCACGGACUCGCGGUUUCAGAACACGUUCGUUAGGAGCUGCAGUUAUAGGGAGAGAAACACUGCGCCAGCGUUCCAGAAGAACACCCGGUUGAGCAAGAGCUUCCAGCUGCCUAAGAAUGACGUCAUCUAUGGCAACACCAGCUCGAGUGAAGAGGGGAACAAUGCAAGCGUCUGCAGUAAAGGAACGUUCAUCAAAAACAAACAAGCGUUCGUAAGACGCGAUGUCUUCAGACGAUCGAGAAAGUAUUCCGGAAGGAAGCAGAGUAGCAAGUACUUAGACAAUAUGCAGAAGGGCUACAACCAAGCCCACCACAGCAGCAGUGCCGAGGAGUGCGUCGGCAUGGGCUACCAGGUCAACCACGACGACACCGACGCCACCGCCAACCAGAUAGCUAAAGACAUACGGAAGGCUUCAUACAAAAUUGACCAACUGAUCGGAGACUCCAAUGUCCCGAAAGACACUGCUAGUCUGAGCAAUGACUCCGACAAACCCUACUCGUCCAAAAUCGAGAGACUUCACGGAAUCAAGCGGCAGGCGUCCGAUGAAAUCAAUGUGAACAGGAAACUGUUCCUAAAUAACGUCCUCAAUGAGGAAGAUAACAACGAAAAACCCUGGUAUUGCAAUGUCAGCGAUCCCGAGCAAGACGCGGACCUUGUCGAUCAAAAAGGAAAUUUAAAUAAUAUCAAGUCAAAAUCAGCCGACGACCUUCUGGUGGCUGGUUUCAAUAACGGCAUCUUAAAUGCUGAAGUUCUAUCAGCUAAGAAUGAAGUAUUAUGUAACAGCAUAACUAACAGCUGCAAAGACAGAUGCAACUCGCGAUUAGACAAUAAGAAUAACAAAGAGGCUAAUUUCCAACAAACCCAAUCGGCGGAGAUCAGCGAGAACUGGUACGCUAGCACCAGCGACGCAGACGACAGCCCCUCCAACGAAAUAUACAAGAACAACCCAGUCCUAGAGUGCGUCAACCAAAUACUACUGCAGAACUCCUUGGACGACAGCAGCAAUGAUAACUCCAAAUCAAGCGAAGCGCCGAGUCCAAAAACUACGACCAAACGUGUACAAUUCUCAACUUUAAACAGUAUUUCGUACGAAGAUAAGGUGCGGAAUAACCUUAGCAAUACUCUUCCACGGGCUGAUAAGAGAAAUAAGAUCGUGAAGUUCAGCCUGGAGACGGCGUCGGAGCACAGCUACGAGGUGCCUCGCGCGGACGAGGAGGAGCAGAGUCUGUACAGCAACGAGUACGAGCCCAUCGCCGCGCGGCCCCCGCCUGCAGACAAGGCAGUCGUCAAGAGCUCCAUAGUCAAGAACCUAGCGGCCAACAUCGAAAACAGAAACGUGCCAGACAGAAAACAAGACAACGAUUUGGUCACAAUGAAAAUAUUCAACAAGAAGAAAGUGCCUCGCACCCCGCCCGCCCUGCCGCCCAAACCAAAGAACCUCUCCGCCAAACUGAAAGCCGAAAACUCCUCAAAACCAACAUCGGAUCCGAUGAACUCUGAAGCCGUUGCGGCCAACCAACGGGUUGCAGAUGUUAAGUCGAGGACGGCGGCGGCGGCGGCGAGCAGCGCCGAGCCCGACUACUGCUCCAUUUCAGAGAUAAAUGUUCCAGUAGUCAGCGCCGGCAAGCGCGAGCUGCUGCUGAGCCAGCCCACGGUGGAGCUGCACGAGCCGGGCGGGGCAGGGGGCGGGGCGGGGCGCGGGGGCGUGGCGCGCGUGGUGGCCGUGCCGCGCGUGGCGCCGCGGGGGCCGCGCGGGGACGCCGACAUCCCGCGCCUGCCGCAGGUCACCGAGAUCCUCAUCCCCGACGAGGACUCCUCGGAGCAGCCCGCCAGCCUGUCCUUCCCGCCCGCGCCCGGCGCCUACCUCGCCUCCUUCAGCAUCCACGCCAUGCAGAAGCCGGACCCGCGCUCCAUACAGAUGGGCAACACCGUGUCGUCCAUCCUGUCCGAGAUCAACAAGGGCGGCAAGAGCGUCGGCAAGCCGCUCAGCCUCACGGAGCUGGACCACCAGUUCAACCGCGCGCCGCCGCGGCCCGGCGCCGAGGCCAACAAGGCCGAGUACUUCGACGACAUCGACAAGUUCGACUUGUCGCAGAACUUCGAGGAGUUCAAGAUCGACGACGAGCUCGGCAGCCUCGCGGCGGAGGAGUAUCGCAUCAGCUCGGGCAGCGACGCCUCCGACGACCCCGCCGCCGCCGACGCUCACCUCACUCACCCUCCAAAAAACCGGAAAGCCGUCGACGACGACGACAACCAGACAUUUCUAGACAACCAGAACAACAACAACAACGAGACCGCCUUAAAAAAGAACCUGGCAAAAAAGUUAUCGAAUAAACCUGAUCUCCUAUCGAAUAUAGAGAAUUUAGAGACUGAAUCUGUGCGGAAUUCAGACAUAGAGUCGAGCAACUCUUCGGGGAGCAACAGCGGGUCGUACAACACGGUGAAGUGCGAGCCGGGCAUGCUGGGCCGCCGCGACCAGGUGCAGGUGUCCUUCGACUUCUUCCUGGAGACCUCGGGGCUGAGCUCCAAGGCCAUCGUGACCCCCAGCCGCCCCCCCGCGCGCCCCCCGACCGCCAACCACAGACACGCGCUCAAGCCGAGAGACAUCAAGAUGCGAGUCAAGCACCCGCUCACAACGAACAAACUCAACGACAAACCUAUGACGACUGCAAUCAAAUAUUUUGAACCCUACGUUUAGAGUUAUACUGUAAUCAAUUGUUAGUCUAAUGUACCUUGUAUGUUUCUUUUUAGAAAUGUAAAAUUUAUUUAUUGAUAAUGAACUUGCCUUGCAUAAUAUAACUAAAUUUAUGUACUUAUUAUUGUAAAUACUAUUAUACACCUAGUUAUUUUUUCAUUAUAAAAUCACUUGACAUUUA